AAUCUCACUUCCGUUUUCGCGAGGUUGCGUUCCGCUCGGCUCGCGAAUCCGAUCCCGCAGGCCUUCGCAGUUCGGCUUCUCCGGUCGUGGGUUUCUUCCCGCCGGAGCUGGGUUCGUCUCGGUCCCGAUCUCAGUCGGCUUCGACAUGAAGGGAACCAUUUUUGCUCCCUCAUUGGAGGGCAUGAAGCACAUCAAGUCAGAAGAAGGGGAGAUGCUGACCAAGCCUUUUCUUGAUGUGUGCAAACUGAUAUUGCCCGUCAUUGAAAAGUUUGGUGCUGCUAUGGCACUGGUUAAAUCUGACAUUGGUGGAAAUAUAUCAUGGCUGGAAGCUAAGUAUGAAUCCAAUCCAUCUCAAUUCAAACUCUUGUACAGUAUGGUACGAGUAGAGGUUGAAGCUAAAACAUCCAAGGCAUCCUCUGGUUGCAUAAUUGGACUUCUUUGGUUGACAAGAGCCAUGGAUUUUCUGGUUGAACUGUUUCGCAACUUGCUUACUCAUCCUGAUUGGACGAUGUCACAAGCUUGCUCGGAUUCUUAUGGGAAGACUCUCAAAAUGUGGCAUGGCUGGCUUGCAAGAUCAAGUUUCACUGUUGCCAUGAAGUUUGCUCCUGAUAGGAAGAAGUUCAUGGAUGUGAUAGGCGGCUCUGGUGACGUGAAUGCUGACAUGGAGCAAUUCUGCCGUACCUUUUCUCCUCUUUUGGAAGAGAAUCACAAGUUUCUGGCUAGUGUUGGCUUGGACAAUCUGAAAGCUUCGUAAUGAAUCAAACCUUCCAAGGGCGGCCUGCUUCUGGCGCACUCAUAUCUGUCCCCGUCCAUGCAUUGCAUUUCAAUCUACAUAUAAUAAACUAUCAGUCGUUGAAUGCGGUUCAUAUUAAUUUGGGAAGGUUGCCAACUACUGCAGGAGACUCUGGAAUUUAGAACUUAAGCUUAUAUUCUAAUCAUCUGCUGUAUUUUUUUCUACGGCUAGCUUGUUUGGAAGGGAACGCUAGAGUUCGCAUUUGAAUGUGAGAGGCUGCGACCGCGACCCAUUUUGCAAAA